GAAAUGGCUGCCGUCUGUCCGACUAUACUUCUUUAAGAUCUCCUGUGAUCAGGUUUUAUGUGUGGUUUGGUUUUAUAUCUACCCAGGAGGGUCUGCGUUUCACCAGUCAGUCAGAUCUGUUUAUGAACAAAGAUGUCUACCUUCGCCAACCAUUCAACCAAUGAGAGCAGCGGGCACAACUGGCGCUGUCACUUCAAGGAGGACAUCAAGUACAUCCUGCUUCCUGUCAGCUACACUCUGGUCUUCGUGAUUGGCCUAGCCCUGAACUUCACGGCCAUGUACGUGAUUCUGUUCCGUACGAAACGCUGGAAGCCCUCCACGGUGUACAUGUUCAACCUGACAGUGUGUGACAUCCUCUACAUCCUCACCCUACCCUUCCUAAUCUACUACUACGCAGACGAGAACGACUGGCCCUUCAGCGAGCCGUUCUGCAAACUCAUCCGCUUCCUGUUCUACGCUAACCUCUAUGGUUCCAUCCUGUUCCUGUGCUGCAUCAGCCUGCACCGCUUUCUGGGCGUGUGUUACCCGAUGAGGUCACUGAGCUGGGUCAGCGCCAGGAGAGCCCGGUUGGUGUCUGUGGUGGUGUGGGCGUGUGUGUUGAUGUGCCAGGCUCCCGUGCUCUACUUCUCACGCAUCAGGAACGAGGGGACGGAGAGGGUGUGUUUCGACACCACCAGUCCAGAGUUAUUUCAUGACUUCCUGGUGUACAGCUUGGUGGUGUCUGUGCUGAUGUUUGCCUUCCCCUUCAUGGUGGUGAUGGUGUGUUAUGGACUGAUGGUGAGGAAGCUUCUGGAACCCACCUUGGGGGCAGGAGGGAUCCAGUCGAGGGGAGCGGGGGGUGGAGCUGCUCAUCGCUCCAAACAGAAGUCUGUGAAGAUGAUCAUCAUCGUGUUAGCGGCGUUCAUGCUGUGUUUCUUACCCUUCCACCUGACCAGAAGCCUGCACUACUCCCUCAAAUACCUGGAGCAGAUGGACUCCUCCCAGGUGAGCUGUGAGCUGCUGAAGGCGUCCAGUCUAGCCUAUAUGGUGACCCGCCCCCUGGCCAGCGCCAACAGCUGUGUGGAUCCCAUCCUCUACUUCAUGGCUGGGCAGGGUUUCCGUAGUAACCUCUCCAACAAAAGUCAGAGCAUUGCCAAGGAAACCAGGAAGCGUGACGGCAGCCGCUUCGAAGCAGGUCUGACCGUCAGGAGGGUCAAUCUAUGUGCUGAAUAGCUAUGGAACACAGUGUGAACUCCAUUGGAAUGGAUAAAACCCCAUUGGACAAACACACUGGAUGGAUGACUCACUCCUCUAAACUGAAUAUUACUAGCCCAUAUUAUUAGACUGUUUGAAAGAUAAUUCAUGUAAUGUAUAGGCCAAACAAAGUGGGCAUAUUUUAUUGAAUGUUUUACAAUAUAAAUACCAGAUUUCUUACUUGAAAGUGGAAUACAAUAACUCAUUGAUUGAGAUCUGACUAAAGGCAGGGAGAAAUACAUUGGUUGAUGCUGACAGUGUAGAGAGAAUAUAUUCUGUAGUAACAUGUUAGUGAUGUUAGUGAUAUUGUAAUCACAAUAAACAGUAAUUAUAUAUUUAGGAGCCACUGAUUGUAGUGUAUCUAACAAACAUAUCUUCAGGAUUACAUACACCACACACAUACUGUAAGUCAGUCUUAAGAGGACCUCCUCUUGAGAGCAUUCAUAGAAAGCUGUUCAGCCCCAGGCAUGACUUGGGCAGGUUCUAGGGUGUGUCAGGAAAGUCAUUCAUUAACAUCCCAAAGACUCACAGAUGGAGCUGGAUAUAAUCCAGUCAGAGAGCGUAAUAGAAGCAACACAGCCUCACUGCUGGCCGGCACAACUACAAAUUAAUAAGAAAAAACUCAUGCUUAACCCAUAAGAGUCUAAACCCUGUC